CGUUGCUGCCGCUGUCGCUGUGGCUGCUUGGCUAAUGGAAAUGUUAUAAACAGAGGCGUUGGGCCCGGCCACCAUUCAGUUCAUCUUCAGUCGUUGUCUGGCCCGCUUGGUUCUUUCCACCUAGGAGCAGGAGUUCAAGGAUACCGCCACAAGCAGAGACACAGCCAAGGCCCCAUCGUAAAACAUCGUAAAGAACGUCUCAAGAACUUGGCAUCAUCAUCAGAAUGCAUUUAUUUGUGCUGUCAACGCUACUGCUGGUGCUGGCCUCCCUGGCCGCCAGCCAGAGCCCACUGGAUGCCGGUGGCGCAGCCGUCGAAAUCCAGAGGCAGCGGCUGAUCAAAUUUCCCGAGGAGUUUGAUCCCAAUCUGGCGCCGCCGACCGUCGAGAAGGCGGACGAGGCGAAGCGCAUCCUCGAGCAGAUUGCGCGGGUGAACGAGGCCUUUGGCUACGUGAAGAAGCAGCCGGAGCAGCCCAAGCUGCCGCCCAUACUCGACUCCAGCCAGUAUCUGUUCCCCAAGCCCGCCUACCAGCCGUUCCACGCCCAGCAGCACCACUUCGCCGGCAGCCACGGCCAGACACUGCUCGAGCCAUCGAUCCGUGCCGUCAAGCUGACCCGCAACGUGGCCGGAUCGAGCUACAAUCUGCCGCCAAGGCUGCGCCAGGCAACUGCUGCGCCAGCGCCAGCGCCAGCCAGCGAGGAGAAGCAAUCGCAGCUGUACUUCCGACCCAACCAGGUGGAGCUGCCGCAGCCCACAACGGAGCAGGAGGCCCAGCAGCUGCCCGCCCACUUUGUCAUACCCGUGCACCUGUACAGGCUGAACAAGGAGCAGUACCUGCGGGAGCAUGCCGCCCAAGAGUACCGUGUCAAAGGCUACAAGAUCAUCGGUGACGUGGACAGCUUCUAUGGCAAGGCCAAGUCGGGCAGGAAGCAGCAGGGCAAGACCACGCCCAAGUACCAUCUCUUCUUUCUGCCCAGAGAGCUGGCCCUCAACGAUGAUGGCACACCCAAGCGGGGCAACGCAACCAGCACCAGCACCACCACAACCAAAGCCCCGGCUGCGCCACAGGGACUGAUCCGUAUGGACUCGCGCGAGAAGCCUUCCCACAAGCCGCACCGCACACAGCCGACACCCGUGGCACCCGUUGCGAAUAGCCUGAUCUCGGGGAGUCGCAAGCGAGUGAGUUCCACCGUGAAGCCCGUGCGUGGCGCCGGAAAGGAGGCGGAGCAGCAGCAGCAGCAGCAGCUGCCGGCCAUUUCCACCAGCGCUGCGCCUGUUCACUUCUCGACGCUGCCCCCUGCGGGCGGACUGCUGCCGAAUCGCAAUCGGCUGAAUCCGUUCCGCGUGCCCGGCAUAAACAUCGCCGAUAUGCAGAACCAGACAUCGUCGGCCAUCAAGAACGCCUUCCAGAAUAUAUUUAAGAUGCCCUUCCGACCGGCCGGAGCCCUGUCGUCCGGCUCCCAGCCCAUCAUCGUGGGCAGCGUUCCGCAGAAGCAGAAGCUGCAGCCGUCCAGCGACUCCCAGUUCGACUACAAGUGGGACGACGAGAAGGAGGGCGGCGGCGAUGGGGAUGGGGCUGGGGAUGGGGACUUGAAUGGCAACAUCGAGGAUCCGGAGAACACGGCCGCGGAGCAGGACAGCAGUGCGUCCGAGGAGAAGCAUCUGUUUGGGCACAAGAACCGCCUGGGGGGCGGCGGACUGGUGCACACCAUCGGCCAGGUGGCCACCGCACAGCAGAGCACCCAGAAGCAGGCGCUGCGCGAGGGCGGCAUCAUCAUCCAGCGGCUGAAGGUGCGCAAGGGCGGCAUUGCGAUUGCUGGCCCAGGGGGCGUGGCCACGGCCGGCAGCGGCGGCACGGCCAUUGUGGGUCCCGGCGGCUACGCGCUGACGCAUCCGCGCAGCCUGACAAUCGCCGGUCCCGGGGCCAAGGUGAUUUCCAUACCCGCGAACGUGGACCUGCAGGACGCCCUGGCACGCACCGAUCUUGCGGCGAGGAGUUUUCCGCGCGAGGGCAAGGUGGUGGCCACCGGACCGACGGUUUACUAUGCUCCGCCCACGGGUACGACGACGGAGGAGGAGGAGGCGGAGGCGGAGGAGGCGGCGGAGGAGCAGAUGAUGUUUGAGUCUGAGGCUUAACUUUUGCUUUAGUUUUGAUUUUAGCUAGGAUUCAUUUUAGUUGGUAACUCGCUAGUAACUUAAAUAAAUGUUUGUAUUUUUCGUAAA